UUAACAUGACACUGAAUCAAAUAACCGGGGAUUGGGGGAGGGGGGGGGGAAGAAUAAAAAGAUCUUCGGGGUUGGCGACUGCAUUUUGUAAAUAGUUUUUAAUAAUUUAAAACAAUAUUUGUAUAUGUCAAUCGUAGUUUCAUUUGUAUAAUAUAAAUGUAGCAUAAAAUAUAUUUAUUUUCUAUCUCGUAAGUUACAUGUUUUGUUUCCUGUCUAUAAUCAUCGAGUUCGUGAACUCAAUACUCUGACGAAUAUUCGUUUAUCGAUAUUUACGCGUUCUUCGUAAAUUUCUUUCGCGCAUCAUUGUGCAAAGCUCCAUUAGCAAUCGAAUCACGAAGUCAAUGAGUGUAUCAUCGAAAUAAUGACGCACGCGAAUUAUCGCUAUGCGUCUAGGUGAAGCUAGGCAUUCAUGCUCCCUCUGCGAGCUUUCACACUUGAACUUUGAAAUAAGGCCAUGCGAGUUUGCGUCGCUGAUUCUUCUUAGGUAGAGAAUAGGAGCCUUUUAUACCAAUCGUAAAUUGUCGGAGAUGAUAACGAUUAAUCGUGUGAACAAGCGUGGUCUCUUUAUCCGUGAACAGCGGUACGAUCGAUGCUGGAUUAUAAAAGGAGCAAGAAAAAAUUCCCAACAAUAUUGCGAUCUUGCGUUUCAAACGUUCCCUUCGCAGUGUAUAGACGGGUUAAAAUAAUUUCUCGACUGAAAGCAAUCUCUUCGCGAAGAUUAUGAAAUUUUUUACGUGCAUGAACUUCUUGCUAGAUCCCAGUUCCGGUUUUAUCGCGAGAGAAAAUUUUACGAUCAUGCACAUGCAUCGUGCUCUGUUCUGAUUCAUCGAUAUCAGAUACGUCAUCCUUUAACCAUAGACCAUCUCGGAUGGAAGAUGUAAACUACAGAGAAUAGCGAGCUUUUUCUUCUCCAUCUACGACUCGUGGAGUCUUAAAUAUAAAGUGGAAACUUGCGUACUUCGAUUUGAAUUGAGCUGUCGUGAAUUCUCCGGGCUAAUACGGGAUAGUAUCGGGUAAACCGAGCAGAUUGUAGGUAGUUAAGUGCACGCGUACUUAACGAACUUUCAAACUUGACUUUUUCGAGAACGGAGCUCCGUGUGAAAAAAUUUCCAUGCUCCAUGUGAAUCGCUUCCUCUCAGGUUGUAUCAAGUUUUUGGAGACAUAUCGCUAUAUCCACUAUCCCAUGUCCAUUACCAAUUCCCAUGUCCAAGCCCAUUCCACAGUUUACAUUUCCAUCUCACAUUCUAUGCAUGAUAUAUUUUAUCUUAUAUCCUAUGUCCAAUAACUAAUAUUCCCAACCCUCAUUUUUCAUUUUACUUCCCCUUAUUUCAUCUCUUCGUAAUUAAUAUUUUAUACUCCGUUUCUCACAUUCUCUAGUCCACAUGUAGUAUGCCUAGCCCAUACCUUCUAUCUUAAUUCUCACAUCACAUAUCUUCUUGCACGUUUCAUACAUCUUUUAUUCAUAUACAUUCCUUCUCUAUAUUCCAUGCCCGACACUCUAUUUCCUUUUUUUCUACAUCCCAAUUCAAAUGACCAAUUUUCCUAAAUCCAUUUCCCACUAUCCCAUACUUUAAAACUCGUGGGCAACGAAAUUCAUUUUGUCGGAUGGCGACUUUUGGCUGUGGAAAGCGUCGGUUUCUUGUGGAAUUUUCGGGCAACGAAUUUCGUUUGCGGGAAGUGAAAAUCUCUUGUAGGCGAUUUGCGAGCUACAUUUUACGUUUUGUGCGCAUUCUCCGGGUGUUCUCUUGCGUCUGACUUGGAAUGGCGGAUUUAACGAGCUACGACGUGAGAAACAGGAUGUGGGACAUAGAAAAAUGUCGAAUGAAAGGAAUGGAAUAGUAUCAUGGGGUAGAGAAUAUUGGAUAUGGGAUGUUAGUAUUGGAUCGUGUACACUAAAUGCACGAUGGAGAAUAUAUGUUGGAUAUAUACGUGGGAAUGUAUGGAAUAUGGGGCGUGAGUACGAGGAAAUUGAUAGUUCGAUUUGGAAUGUAGGGGAAAGGAAAUAAAGUAUAGGAUAUGGAAUGCAGAGAAGGAUAAAUGGAGUAGUAUGGAGCACGGUUUAAUAAACAUUUGAAACAGAACGUGGAAAAAGGCAUGUAAAAAAUGUGCGAUAGAACGAAGGGCGUGGACAUAUUAAAUGUAAGAUAUGAAAAGGAAAUAUGUACUGUAGAAAUUGCGAUAGAAGAUAUGGGCUAAGGAUGCUGAAUAUAAGAGGAAACAUAAGGAAUAGCGAUGGUAAAAGGUGUAACUCCGGCUAAAUCCUUUUUACCUCUGUAUACAAAUUUUUCGGAACAACCUAAUGUGUAUUUUGUAGCUUUUAUUGUAAUGCAAUCAUAAAUAGCAGUUGGCUCUCAUCGCAAAACUUGUGAAGUUUCAAAAUAUUUCCUCAAACAUAAUAGAUAAAUUUAUUAACAAACAUAAUAGAUUCAUAAAAGAUUUGCAUAAUUAUUGGUAAAUAAUAAAUAUUUGUGACCUAUGUAAAUGCAAUCCAAGAUGAUAGAAUGCCUUAGAAAUUGCACGUAAACAAAAAGGAUGCAACGACAAACUUUCAACCCCCUGUGUCGCCCACGAUAAGAAUAAUCGGGCGGAACGCUUAGUUUUACUAAGAUAAAGGAAAGAACAUAAGUUGCGGGUCAAGGUCUUCGACAUUCGACGCACGGUCUUCGUUCAGCACGAAGUAGGUUUCCCUAAACAGUCUGGAGACUACUCUACUCACCAGGCGAAACUUUUUCACGCCUGACAUCCAACUGAUAACCUCCAGACAACUUCUUUCUUCCACACAAAAAAAUAAACAAACUCCUUUAGAUUAUUACGAUCUUUCUUUUUUUGGUUAUUACGUUUGAUCAAUUAACAGGUCAAUCGAUAACUCAUAAAAAGAAAACGCACGAAGAAAAAUAAAAGCGAUAAGAUAAUGGCGGAAAGAAAAAACAGGGAUAAAAUCAUUAACGGUAUCAGAACGCUACGCUUGAAAGCCGGAUAUCCGGCGUACUGUCAACUGCGCAAGAAUCGCAGAAGAACGGGGUUGAUGAAAAUGGAAGAAGCCAAGGGUUUCGAGAUUUGGUCAGAAACUAGUGCCAACUCUAGCGAAGGCUUUGAGACGCGUCUAGCCUUUGAAUAACUUUUGGAAAAUUCCAAUACGAUACUCUUCAUACUGCGCGUUAAUUUUCACGUGUACGUUAUUAAUUCCUCACUGGUUAUUAAUUUUAUUAUUUUAAUCACGAUAGCCCUGACACUCAUGAUAUUAAUAAUAUUUCAUGUAAUACGAAUAAUAUAUUUCUAAAAACGUUCUACGAUAAGUGUUCGAAUUCUUUCAUCACUCGCUGUUUAUUUAUUAUUAUCUUCCAUUAUUUAAUCGUAUACUUUCGCAAGAUCUAUGUACCCUCUCUAUUCAAUUUCUAUAUCCAACAAGAGAUGGUCUCUAACUCUUGAAAGAUUUUCAAAUACGUACUAAAGUUUUAAGGAUUUCUACAAUAGUAUUCUAAAAAGUCUUCCCCAAUCUAAUUGCAUGAUUUUCCAAAAUCUACGUUCUAUUAAAUUCCUACUGCCCACGAGAUUCUCUCUAACUAAUGAAAAAUUCCAAUACGCUUUACACGUAUCCAAACUCUUCUACUAUCUAAUGAUAUAAUUCUCGAAGAUCUACAUACUCUUUCUAUCCAACUCUUAUUAACCACGAUAUAAUCCUUCGUUUAUCAAAGAUCUCCAGUUUCUGCCAAAUAUCGAAUUUGAAAGAAAUACAACACGAUUGACAAGAGCACCUAGACCACUUGUUCGAAAGCUGGUACGGGAUAGGAUCGAGCGUCCAUCGCUAGCGAUGUGUCACCGGCCGAGUCGUCGGUAGGGUGCGCAAGGGGGUGCAAGUUGCGCGGGCGCACUGCCAGGACUAUCGAUUUCGCGAGCAAAAGGUGCCACACGCUGGGCCAUCGAUUCGACGCUCGUCUAAAAGGAUUGUAGCUGGUGAUCCCCGAAAGACGACAGACGCUCGAAGGAGAACUUACUCGAGGAACUACACUCGUGAAUACACUCGUCAAGGUGGGGCCGAUUCUUAGAAUCGGUUGGAUAUCGUUUCUCCAAUUCUGGAUACCACGGUGGUCAUCGAUUUCUCCAUUCGAUUCAAUCUAAGUGUCUCAGAGGAAGAAGAACGUAGAUCCGAGGAUAGGAUAGCCACAAUCCUGGGCUCCAGUCAUGCCGAAUUACUAUGCACACGAGGAUUACGAUUAUGGGGCAGCCGAUGGAACAUCGCAGGAGGGUCCUGGUAGAACGAUACAACAGGUGCCAGGUGCCAGGCCCAUAGUGGACCCACAAGCCCAAGGAGAGGUCGAUCCCACCUUGUAUCCUCAACCAAAGGAGGCGACGCACAAGAUUCGUGGCAAGAGCGACGUGAUCGAGUACCUGUUUGGUUCCGUAGAUCAGGAAUUGCUUACCGUGAAAACCUUCUACUUCUUUUUCUAUUCGGCCUUUGGUUCCCUUUUUCCUCUGAUGGGAGUCUAUUUCAAGCAGAUGGGCAUGAACGCUGGCCAGUGCGGUCUCCUGAUGGGACUAAGACCCUUCAUCGAGUUCCUUAGCGCGCCUUUCUGGGGUUCGUUGGCUGACAGGUGGCAGAAGGGCAAGGUGAUUUUUUUAGCCUCUCUCUCUUGCUGGAUCAUCUUCACUCUUCCUCUGGCCUUCAUGCAACCACCGGCCACAUCGUGUUGGGUUAUACGAAACAACACGCCGUAUCUGGAACCACCGAACCCUAAAUUAAGAAUAGUUAAACGAUCCGCAAAUCUUGAUGAUUUUUAUCAUCGAAACGACGAAGAAUGUUUAGAGAUCGCGGACAAUGUCGUUUUCGAGAGGCUGCGUAAAGACAGCAAGCUAAAUCCACUGGCGGCUCUCAGUUUACAAAUGAAUAAGGGCACGAUGAACGAUGUGGGGGAAAAUUACGAUCUCAAUAACGAUAGAGUUCGAAGAGAAACGCAAGAAGGAACGAGUACUUCAACGGAAGAGAGCCCUGUCGAAGAUUUGAAAUACAAACAGCUGGUGUUCGAAGAAAACGAUCCCGAAGCUAAGACUAUCGACUUUGAGACUCUGCAAAGGAAAAACCGUCCAGCUGAUGUGCUCGAAUACAAACGUUUCCUAAAUAACCAACCUUUGGACGAUGGAAGACCACCAAAGAAGGCGUAUACGCACACCAAGACGAGAGUGAAACCACCACCAAUGAAGGUCAUGGUGAAAAGAGACGCCAGUGAUGAAGUUUCAGAGGAGAAGGAGUCUCUAUCCAAGUUUCAAACGACCACCGUGAGGUCUCCAAGUAAGGUAUCCUUGUUGGACGAAGAGGAAGAAGAAGAAGAAGCGAACGAAAAUGAUGAAAAUGAUGAUGAAGAUGUCCAGAUGCCGUUGGUUAGGACCAAACGUUACGUCAACGUACCUCACUCCGGCAAGAGUCCUCAUAGUGUUUCCAAUGCUGCGAAUUACAACGAAGAGGAGAACAAAGGAUGGGUGAAACCUCUCUACAGUUCGAUUGUCUACAGGUUACCGGACAUCCAAAAAACCUUCUUCCUCCUGUUACUGUUGGUGAUAGUCGGUGAAUUCUUCUCGGCGCCUGCGAUCACUCUAGCUGACUCUGCCGUCAUCACUUUAUUAGGCGAAGACGCGGACAAGUACGGUCACCAGCGAAUGUUCGGUAGUUUAGGCUGGGGUCUUGCUAUGUUCUUCGUCGGUAUCGCUCUAGAUCAUAGCACUGCGUUCUCCGAGCAUCCAUGCGGUCCAGAUGCAAUGGAGAAGAAUUAUACGAUCUGCUUCGCGAUCUUCAGCGUCCUCAUGGGUGCCGCUCUGAUCACUGCCACGCAGAUCAACUUUAAAUACGAUUUUCCGGUCACGGAACUGGAAGUGGAGAAGCCUCCUGCAGAGCCAACAAGGGAGGAGCAGCUGCAGAGUCAACUGUCUCAACAGCUGAAUCUGCCCAGUCUUCAGGACUCGUCUGCAGCGGUAAAUCUGAAUGUGAAACAACAACCGCCUGAAGGCAAGACGAAAAUGUUCGCUCAAACGACGCGAGAGAUCCCGGAAUGGGUGACCGUAUUGAAGCAAUUCAAAGACCUCAAGUGCGCAUCCUUCCUUUUCGUCGCGUGGUUCAUGGGAUUCGGUAUCGGGCUGAUUUUUACCUUCCUCUUUUGGCAUCUUCAGGACUACAAUGGCACACCGACUCUAUUUGGUGUCGCCUCCGUGAUCAAUCACAUUUCCGAGAUAUUUGCUUACUUCUUCAGCUUUAAACUGAUCCGUCAAAUCGGUCACGUGAAGGUGUUGUGCAUGGGACUGGGUGGAAACGUGUUUCGUUUCCUUUAUAUUUCUUAUCUGACGAUUCCAUGGUGGGUGCUGCCUUUCGAGUUCAUCCAGGGGAUAACCCAUGCGGCUGUGUGGGCCGCGUGUUGCAGCUACAUCUCUCAUAACACGCCUCCACAAUUGCGUACAAGCGCGCAGGGUGUUCUUCAAGGUAUCCAUCAUGGUCUUGGCAGGGGAUGCGGAGCUGUGAUCGGUGGCAUGUUCGUCGACGCUUACGGAACAACUGCGACAUUCCGAGCUUACGGUCUCAUCUGCAUCGUCGUUCUUGGCGCGUUCGUGUUCAUCAACUUUUACAGAAAGGAUACAGGCUUCGUCUCCGAGCUGCCGCAGACGGAGGAUCCUCGUCAAGUAGCCGAAGCGACACAUCUGGCACCGCACGGUGUACCUAGCAACGCCAUUCCUCGCGCUCUCAGCUCUACUCGACUGCACGAGUUGGCUAAUCAAGACACGGGCUACGGUGCCACUUAUCAAACUGGCGAUACUCUCAACGUGCCAGGUGCGAAUGGAGGCCCAGUAAACCCGACGAAUCCAUUCCUGAACACUGGAGGCGGCGGCGGAGGUGGAUAUAAUUACGCUUUACAAUGAGGUGAUUAGCAGGGAAUUCGACCUGGUUAAACCACCGCCGAUAGUGACCCAUCUACACGCUCAACAACCAUGCACCAACCCCUUCCAUCAGCACGACUACGAAUGGUAACAGUCCGGGACGUUCGAUCCCACUUGAGGUGAUCACAGGAUGCUCAUGGAACGCUGGUCGAUAACCGGCAUGUUCUCUGGAGAACCGAAAACGAAGGACCAGCUUCGGAGUGCUAGGCAGAAGGAAUUUUUACACGGUUAAAAAAAUUCGAUGAAAGCCCCUUGGUGCCUCCUUGGAGCAACACCGUUCGUUAUACUCGCAUUAAAAACGCCUGAUAGCGUCAAUGCAAACUAUCGUAACAAAUUAAUCACGGUAUAAAGAGCAAACAAACAGAGAGAAUUCUUUCCGAUGCUAACAAUUCGAUUAUCAAGCUUGGAGAAGCAUCGAAAGGAUAAAGGGCAACAUUCAAAAGGGUAAAAAAGAAUUGACCAUGAGACUGAUCGAUAGAACGACGAUUUAAAAGUGCCUGCUCACUACGAUCUUCUUGUUUACCGUUGAACACUGCUGGGAUUACGAGUUUCGUAACGCUAACGUAAUCGACGAAAAACAUUCGAAGAAACACGCGUAAUCGGCGAGGAUCGCUCGCUGGGGGCACCGAAGGGCAGCUUCGAUCGGAUGAGAGGAACGUCCACGAAAUAUACGAGACGAAAGUCCAAGCGCGAAUCGAAAGAAAGCCAUCCGAUAGAAAUAUUUUGUUAGGGUAUAAACGUGCUGGUCCCGUGAUACGUGAUCGUCUCGUAGAAUCCACUUUUAACGUUAUUUUGACAAAUUUGAGAUGCAAGUGAGGACAAGAUCUUCACGUACCACACGGAUCAUCUCGUGUAUAUGCAUAAAAGGCCACGAUGUACAGCAAAGAAAACAAAUGUCUUUCGUGACUGAAAUCUAUGUACGUAAUAUACCUGACACGUGUAGUACGGCACAACACGAUCUGCGGGGUCGCUUCAACGAAAACUCAUAUCCUAUACAAGGACUUGCAUUCCAUGGUAGCGUUCGAGUACAUUUUCAUCGGUUGUCAAAUACGAAUCGACGAGAACGAGACUUUCCAAGAUUCCAUCUUCUCUAACCGGUCAGUCGAGACUUUCGCGAUUUGAAACAGAAUCGAUCGAAGAAGACCGAUUUCCGAGUUUCUCAUCGUACGGAUUCGAGAAUUCGAUGAAACUUGAGUCACGGCCGCGCCCUCGAAUGCAAGCAAUUCGAUGUAACUAUUACGUGUAUCUUGAUGUGCAAAAUCGUAUUACUCCCUCCGCUUCUCUCGUUUCGUUACGAUUCUCUCCACAAUUGCGUAUCUAGUUAUUCUUUGACGAAAGUCGUGAAUCGCUAAAGAUCAUUGUAAAUACUAUUAUCUCUCUCUCUCUUUCUCUCUCUUCUUCUCUUCGCGUGUGAAUAUUAAAGAAUGACCCUUGACUCUUGUCUCGUUCGCCCGUUGUUUUCCGUUUCUAGGCUGAACGUUGCUCGUUGCGUGUUGUAUCUGUAAAACGUUUCACACGUACUGUAAUUACUGUAGACUAUCGAGUUGUUAAUUCAAAUACUGUUUUCUUAUGUGAACAGGAAACCACGUUUCUCCGCGAUAGGUGUAUGAUAUUGUUAAUAAUGAGAGAUAAUUAAGCGGAUUCAUGAUAAAGAUGAAAAGCGUAACCCGGAAUCUUUAUCGUCGGAAUCUCAAUAAAACUAUUAACGUCGUGCGUUUGCCCGAAUCAACGUUGAAAUUGCCAUCGAGCCAUCGCUAUUUUCUUACUACUUAGUUUCAGUCAGAGAAUGUAUCGUUUUAAACGCACUCAAUUCGAUCUUGUUCAAAGUGAAAGCUCGAUUCGAAGGCGUUCGAAUCGAAGAUAAAGCGAUCCGAGAGCACUUACCCCGGAAUGUUUUUCACUCGAUGGGGUAUUUUUGUUCGAUUUGGUUCGGCUAAGUGUGCGAAUAGCCUGAAUCAAGCGGAAUCUCGUUUCCCGAGGCACAAGCUAGACGUAAUGUUGUACCUACAUUACCUUAAAUGAAGUUUAAACACUAAGGCAUAGCGUUGUACGUAUCAGAGUGCUUUUUAGCUCAGUAUUGUUACGUAGUCGGUACGGUUACAUGAUUAUUAAUCGUAUGUGUGUGCGUCAGAAUGAACACGUGUCACAGGGGUGUUUCGUUUUCUCAUUGUUCCCCUGUAUGAACACCGGUUUUCGAGGACACCUUCCACCGAAAUCGAAUAGAAUUAGGCCAACAGCGCCCGUAAGCACGAAACGGAUAAUCAUAAUGUAGUGUAGCUGAUGUUGUAAACGCAGUUUCCAUAAGAAUGUCCGAUGGAUGUAAUAAGACAGCGAACAACGUGGAUCGAACCUCAUUGUCUCGCGACUAACAUGCACACGUGCACGAUACACAAUGAGAUCACUUAUCUAAUUAAUCAUCGAAAGACAAAUAUCGAAUGACAGUAGAUCGGAUAGAUCUAGCGCUUGCAAUUGGUUGGUCAUACUCCCGAUGCAUGUGAUUUUCUAAUAAUUUGAAUACGACACUUUGUUGGACAUUGCGUAAACGAAUGCUUCUGGCGUCCCAUUUAUAGUAUGCUUUCGUAGAUUUAAGAAAAAUCGCUGUCAAGCCUGUUAGAUUUGUUACACGGCAUCCGGUGAAAGGCGUGCUCGAAAUAAAUGAUGUUAUCAAUUA